AUAUAAAUGAAAUUCAUCCGGAAAUAAUUUUUCUAUCUGCUAAGUAUAUAGCGGCCUUGGUAACAGAAAUAGUAGAUAAAGUAGUUUCCCGAUCUACCAUCUCCAUUGAAAAACCCCCUAACCUUAAAUGCAAAGUAUUUGCUCACUCAUUCCAAAACAAUUAAAAUUCCACUGGGAUAAAGAUAUGAGCUAACAUGUUCAACGGAUUCGUACAUUCAAUUCCAGUUCCCAGAUUGUACAAAACUGUUGCGAAAACCGUGCGUCAGGUGACUGAGGAGGGAGCUAGUCUGAAACAACUGAUCUACGAGAAAAAACACCCGAAUCUCAAAGGAGUCUACGCCCUAGCAACAACAACCCUCCACAAUGCCGGAAAACUGAACGAAAUAAUUCGAAAGACUCAAUUAUUAUUCAAAGAGCCACGUUUCGAUCCCUGGCUAGCUCGUGUCCUCAUAACAGAACUGAUAUGGGGAAAAGGAAUCCUAAAAAACGAAUCAAAACCAGUUCAAACAAUUCUCACCUACGAGAACGAAAUUCGUCAACAUUUGCAAAACUCGAGUCCAGAAUCACCCAAAGAGGAGCCCAAAAAGAGAGCUCAGAAACCGAGGUAUGUUCGGAUUAAUACACUGGUGAAGAGCGUUGAUGAUGCGAUAGAGGGGUUCAAGGGGGAUGGAUAUGAGCUUUUGCCUAAACCCAAGACGUAUGGAGAGUUUCUAGAGUUUGUGAAGAAUCUGGAAAACUGGCCUUACCCGGCAUUCAUCCAGGAUUUUCAUAUUGAUGAGUUGUUUGCUUUUCCUUCGGGAACGCAUUUCUAUAAUCAUCCUGGGUAUCAAUGUGGGGCUAUUGUGUUGCAGGACAAGGCCAGCUGCUUACCUGCUUAUUUAUUGAAUCCUAAGCCAUGCUCUGUUGUGCUCGACAUGUGUGCUGCACCUGGGAUGAAGACAACGCAUUUGGCAGCGAUACUUCAAAACAGAGGAAAGGUCUUAUCAGUUGAAAGAAACGAGCGUCGCUAUCAAGUCCUAUGCGAGAUGGUCAACAAUGCUAAUGCGGAUUGCGUCCAAACACUUAAUCUCGAUGCAUUGAUACUAACUCCUGAAACUUGUGGAGAUGUGGAGUAUAUUUUGGUCGACCCCAGUUGUUCCGGAUCAG